GCUUUUAGAAUGCUGGCCAUAUUGUACACGCGGCUUACAACUUAAAAGAAGAAGAAUUAAUUUUGACUUACAAAUUCACAAUCUCUGGUUUAUACAAACAUAUUUCAAUUUAACGAACGAGAGACGGGCGAUCUCGUAGGCGAUGACUGACCCAAGUUUGAGUGGUGAAGUUCCUGCGUUGCAUCUCGUGCUAAAGGGACACAAGAAACCAGUUACCGGUUUAGCUUUUAACCUGCACAAACAGCAAUUCGCGUCGUGUUCGGAGGACGGUGCCAUAGUAGUGUGGUCGAGUUGGACAAAUUCCAUAAAAAAGCCCACCUACCGGUUCGAGGGGCACACGGAUGUGGUCACCGACAUAGAAUACUCCCCGGAUUGCAGUAUCCUCGCUUCCAGUUGCAAAGAUAGAACCGUUAGGUUGUGGGUGCCGAAACUCGUGGGAGGCUUUGUCCAAUUUAAACCGCACACUUCGCCGGUGUACACGUUAAACUUUUCCCCGGACGGCACGAAAUUAAUAACAGGUGCGGGCGAUAAAUCGGUAAAGCUAUGGGACGUGAAGAGUCAACAGUUUAUCGCAAGCUAUGUGGGCCACACUAAUCGAGUAAAGUGCGCAAGAUUUUCGCCCGAAGGCGAUUUGAUAGCGUCUUGUUCAGACGACAAAACCGUACGAGUCUGGGACUCUGUCAGUAGGCAGUUGGUUCACGCGUUCACUCACAGAACGGCCCCAAACUAUGUGGCGACUCACGCCAAUAACAAUACGGUAGCUGUGGCGAUGGAAUCGGGAUCGGUUAGGGUCUAUGAUAUGCGUAACAAGGCUCUUCAGCAGCACUACGUCGUCCACGACAACACCACUUGCGUGGACUGGCAUCCCAAGGUCAACUAUUUGCUGUCCUGCGGCCGCGACGGCAAAAUUAGGAUCAUAGACAUCAUGGAGGGCAGACCUCUGUACACGUUGAGCGCCAACGACAACCCCGUUUUAAACUGCAAAUUUAGCCGCGACGGCCACUAUUUCAUCACGGGCGGCUCUGAUCACUAUAUAUUUGUGUGGAAAACAAACUUUAUUUACGAAAAGUGAGUUUAAUUUUUUAGGCUUGCAGUUGCAGUUUUUAGUUAUUGUAAUAUAGAUUAUUUUUGAAUUUGAGCGGAAAUUCGUUAAAUCGCAGACCACAAAUGGUAUGAAUAUUCCAAGUAAGCCGUUUCGUUUCCUUUAUAGUCAGUGGUGUUUCCAUUAAUUGGUCAAUUGCGUUGCGGUGACAUGUUUUGCAAUUUUUUUUGUUUCGUUUGAUGAACGGAUCCUAAACGUAGGAGUUAGUGAU